AUGAUAGAUUGUCAAAUUUGUUUCUGCUCAUACAAAGAAGAAGAGUGCUUUACUCUUCCUAGUUGUCUUCAUUAAUUUUGUAAGACAUGUUUGAGUUAAUAUUUGAGAACAAAAAAUGAAGAGAGUAAAAUUCAAUUAUCGGAUUUUAAAUGUCCUUAAUGUUGUCAACUUUUUAAUCCAGAAAUAACUGAAAACUUUCUCACACCUGAUUUAUUUAAGCAGUUUUCCGAUUUUGCAUUACAAUAUAAGUAAAUAAUGGCAUUAGAACAUCAUCAACAAUUUAUAGAGUGUUUGAAUGAAAAAUGCAUUGAAAAAUUUAUAAUAUGGAAAGAUGCAGGUUAUCUUUAUAAUUUUAUUUUAGAAUAUAUACAAUGUCCAACAUGCAAAAUUAAAUUUUGUAGGAAAUGCUCUCUUGAAUAUCAUCUAGACAAGGGAAUAGAUUGCGAAAAACAAAAGGAACUACUCAGAGAUGUAUUUUAUUUAGAAAUGAAAAAAAAUUUUAAUUAUUGUAGAUGUCCUAAAUGUAAAAAUAUGUGUGAAAAAAUUUCUGGGUGUAAUUUUAUGUAUUGCAGAUGUAAAUCUAAUUUUUGCUUCUUAUGCGAUGUGGAACUUACAGAAGCUGUAAUUUCAAAAUUUAAAUUAGUCUCAUUUUUAACACUGGUAAAAUAACGAUCCAUUUAAAAGUCCAUGUAGAGUAUGGUAUAAUGGAACUUGGGUGGAUCCAGAUAAAGUUCCAAAGGUUAUUCCUGAAGAAGAAAAAAAAAUUGAAUAAGUUCCUCUAAUUGAAGAGUAAGAAAACACAAUAUCAUGUCCAAAUUGUUAAUCAACAAAGAAAAGGGUUUGCCAACUUUUAUAUUUUGAUCAAAUCAUCUUAUGUUCAAGCGAGAGAUGCCAAGAUAAAGCUUUUUGCAUAUUUUGUAAAAAAUAAGUCAAUUUAAAUGAUCCUCCAAGCCAUUACAACGAUUAUACUAAAUUAUGCAAAUUUAUAUGA